GGGGAAGGUAGGGAUAAAUAACGGAGUACCAGAAGUAUUUGUGUCGUGUGUUAGUGAGGAAGUGGCAGCCAUUGUCGACCGAUUAAAUCCCGACAAAAACGUGAAUAGAGGUGUCAUUUAUGUUAUUUUUAUCCGUUUUUAUCUCAUACCCUGACUAUUAAGUCACAGUGUGUCGUUCAGACUUCUCGUAUUGUGAGCACAGAAGAGUUUCGGUGGAUGUUGUUGAGUGACUCGUAUCGUCGGCUGUUCUGGCUUCCAUUGUUAUUGAAGUUAAAAAGAUUCCCAUAGCUUCAGUGUUGGAAAGGAAGGAGGAUCGGCUCGACACAAUGUCCUUUGGAAGCCAGAGGUCCCUGAUGCCUAGAAGGACAGUGUUGAUGGUCUCUUUAGGAAUGCUUGUAUUCCUGGCAUUUUUUUAUCUUCAUAGUAGUGACAAUUACACCCCAAACAUCAGGGAUCCUGAGCCAGCACCUGAGAUUAUCACAGAUGACAAUUACCAGGGCUUAUGGCAGGGAAACCCAAAGCUGAUAAACUACAUUCGCUCAUUGUUUCGACCUCCAUCGACUGAGGCUUACCAGCUCUCUAACCCAAAACGGAAGCAUUUCACCUUCAUGGAGCAGUCGAAAUUCGUUGGCGAUUUGUAUGGCCCAGGCAAGGUCAGUCUCUGUAAGAUGGUCCAGUCAAUGUUAGUGUCUGUAGGAUGGGCCAGGAGAGAUCAGUGUCUCUAAGAUGGUCCAGGCAAUGUUAGUGUCUGUAGGAUGGGCCAGGAGAGAUCAGUGUCUGUAAGAUGGUCCAGGCAAUGUUAGUGUUUGUAGGAUGGGCCAGGAAAGAUCAGUGUCUGUAAGGUGGUCCAGGCAAGUUCAGGGUCUGCAGGAUGGUCCAGGCAAAGUCAGUGCCCAAGAUGGUCCAAGCAAAGCUAGUGUCUGGAAGAUUGUCCAGUCAAGGAACGCAAGUGUCAGUAGGAAAACAGUAUCUUUUAGGAGCAAUUGAUAAAACUUAUUAAUGCUUGAAUAGAUUUGCCACAGGAAAUAAGAGAAGCAUCAGACCUAACGGGUUUUGUUAGAUAGCAACUUGGCAUUGAAUAGUAGUAAGAAUUGUGGUACUGAUAGAG